AUGGUCCCACUGGAUCUCCUGGCGGAUGAGCGCCAAAGCGAAAUGGCGGUAGCUAGCGUGCGGCGAGAGGGCAGCAUAGCCCUGUGGCAAAGGCGCUGGGACCAAGCCAAAAAGGGGAGCUGGACCAGACGGCUCAUCCCCCAGCUUAGUCCAGAAGGAGAGGCCAGAUCGACCACUAACGGGCUUGGCUGCUUGAAGCGGUAUCUACAGCGGUUCAAGCAUGCCGACGACCCCUACUGCAUUUACUGCGGACCUGGAGUAGACGAAGAAGAAGACGACGAGCACGUCUUUUUGCAUUUUUCCUUCCUCGCCGACUCGCCAAAAAGCUGA